AUGCUACUGCCUUGGAAGCUCUUCCAAGCGUCCUUUUCUGCCCUGUCCAGCACGACUUCGCCAUCGACGCAGGCCUCGAUUGGUAGCACGCUGGAUCGUGCUCAUGCUCUGCUCAGCCGCACGCCAAUCUUCGACGGCCAUUGGGAUCUGCCCAUCUUUGCCCGCUGGACCGUCGGGGACAAUCUUGCCAAAUUUGCGUACAACGACACCCUUAAAGGCCAGAUCGACCUUCCACGCAUUCGCAAGGGAGGCGUAGGAUCCUUCUGGAGCAUCGCCUUCGUCGAAUGCCCCUCGUCCACCAAUGUCUCCCUUGGUCCCGGCCCAGGGUGGGACUGGGAUGAUCAGCCGGCACAGGUGGUGAGGGACACGCUCGAGCAGAUCGACCUCACUCGGCAGUUGGUGGAGUAUUUCCCUCAAGAUGUAGCCCUGGCUCGCACCCCGAAUGACUUUUGGGAGAACUGGAAGCAGGGCAAGGUUUCACACUGGAUUGGCCUCGAGGGGGCUCAUUCGCUGGGAAAUUCCCUCGCUACCUUGCGCACUUAUGCUGCUCUGGGCGUCACGUACUUGACAUUGACGCACAACUGCCACAAUGUCUUUGCGGACGCGGCUAUUCCUGCCCCUGGGUCGCCGGAUGAGGUCCAUGGCGGCCUGUCCCACUUUGGGUUCCGGCUCGUAAAGGAGCUUAACAGGUUGGGAGUGGCCGUCGACCUCUCCCACACCUCACCAAAGACCCAGCUCGAAACGCUCCACGUCAGCUCUGCCCCUGUCAUCUUCUCGCACAGUGGAGCGAAGGCCGUCUACGACCAUCCCAGGAACAUCGACGAUGAGGUGCUGAGGGAGCUGCGUAAGUCUGAGAGGGACUUUGUCGUGGGAGUGCCCUUCCUCAGCGACUUUGUGCGAGGAGCGGGCAACUCUACGCUGGAAGACGUGGUGGAGCAUGCCGAAUAUCUCGCUGCUAAGCUGGGCGGCAAAAGGCAUGUGGCAUUGGGCAGCGAUUACGAUGGUGCGCUCGAAUUCAGUAAGGGAUUGGAGGACGCAGCCUCGUACCCCAGGCUUGUGGCGAAGCUGAUGGAGAGGGGCUGGACGGAGAAGGAUCUGGAGGGGUUGGCGAGUGAGAACUGGUUGAGAGUGAUAGGAAAGAUUCAGAGGCAUGGCAGAGUAACAAGGGCCGGAGGUGCACGACCUGAUAUGAGGCCAUGGCAUGGGAGGCACGAUUGUGAGUAG